UUCUUGGACGAUUCCGCGUCUCUUCCACAUACUUUCCUCUUUUUAUCUUCCACACACUUCUACUCACAUCAUUAUUCCGCCUUCCUUCUCUGAAUGUCCACAUGCUUUCCUCUAUGAAAUGGGUCCACAUACCACACCAACCCACUCACGUGAUUUUUUAUUUGCAUUGUCUUAUACUCGGUGAUUGGCUUCGCUUUUAGAAUUCCACAUCUUUCCCGCCUGUUUUCACUGAUUUUCUCUCAUUCCGUCUAUGUUCUCAAUUGAAAUAUAAUCCCAUGGCGUCUACUUCUGCUUACCCUGGUCGAACAGAGAUCGAGCCUGCAACCGUUUCUCAAGGAGUGGCGCCCUCUUCAUCUUCAUUUUCUCCAUCAUCUUCUUGAAGUUUGUUUUCAUGCUGCUUUGAUUGGGUUUCUGACUUUCUUUCAAGGCGUUCAAUGGAAUCCAAUUCAAUGGCAUCUACUUCAAGAAAGAGGGCUUUUCAAGACAUGGCACCAUCAGCAUCUGCUAUGGGCAAUUCAAUGGCAUCUACUUCAAGAAAUGAGGCUUUUCAAGGCAUGGCACCAUCAGCAUCUGCUAUGGGCAUAUCUUCAACACUCAUCCAAAAGCAGUCUUACGAUGUAUUCAUCAAUCAUCGUGGACGAGAUGUCAAGAAAACUCUUGCCACCAAAAUCUAUGAUAUCCUGGGUAACAUGAAGGUCACGGCUUUUUUAGAUUCAGAGGAAUUGGAAUAUGGCGAUUUCUUUCCUAGAACAUUAGAAGCAGUAGUCCGCGGUGCUACCCUUCAUAUAGCAAUUUUUUCAGAGGGGUAUGCAGAAUCACCAUGGUGUUUGGAGGAGCUGUCAUUAAUGCUGAAAAGUGGCACCAAAAUUAUUCCCAUUUUCUAUCAUCUUGAGCCUACAGAUAUCAGACAUGUAGCUCGAGGGAAAGGAAUGUACGUUGCUGCCUUUAAGAAGCAUGAAGAGAAUGGUAGAUAUGAGCCAGAAAAGCUUAAGGAGUGGAAAGAUGCACUCUACAAGGUCUCAUUUUACAUUGGCCAAAUCGUCAAAAGCAAUGAUGAUGAGAUGAGGCUGUACAAGAAUAUUGUGAAUAUUGUACUGAAAGAAAUAAGCAAUGUGCCGCUAGUAGUUGCGAAACAUCCAGUAGGUCUCGAUGAAAUAGUAAAAGAUUUUGAAAAUACAGUUCAACUUGCUGAUGGUGAUCAAAGUGUACAGGUUGUGGGUAUUUGGGGCAUGGGUGGGUCAGGCAAGACCACCCUGGCCAAAAAGUUAUACAAUGAAAGAUCCCUGUCCAUGGAGAGGUCAAGUUUUAUUUUUGACAUUAGAGAAGCGAAAGAGAAGUUGCAGACCAAGCAGACUCAACUCCUUAAAGGCCUUGGUGUGGAUAAAGCAAUUGAUAAUGUAGAGGAAGGUAAGGCGAUUCUAGAAAAGCAUUUGAAACCUUUUAAAGUGCUCAUUGUUAUGGACGAUGUGGAUCAUGUCGAUCAAUUGGAUGCUUUGUUGCCUGCAAAAGGCAACCUUCGAAAUGGUAGUCUCAUUAUUGUUACAACACGGGAACACCAAGUUCUUACAUCUUGGGGCAUAUCCUCCGUGUAUAAAAUGAGAGCAUUAGAUCAAUCUAAUGCUGAGGAACUUUUUUGCUGGCAUGCUUUUUUACAACCCUGUGCCCUUGAUGGUUUUGAGGAGCUUGUUAAAAGUUUUAUAGAGGUUUGUGAUGGAUUGCCCCUAUCUAUGAAGGUAUUUGGAGCACAGCUAUACGGGAAUUCCUCCAAACAAUAUUGGAAGUCUCUGUUUCACAAGAUCUCAAGAAUAUUACCCGAGGAAAUAAAAAAGAGACUUAAAAUAAGUUACGAUGAUCUUGAUGAUGAGGAGAAAGAGGCAUUCCUCGAUGUUGCUUGUUUCUUUAUUGGAGAAAAGAAUAGUUUAGCAAUUGAAUUCUGGGAUGGAUCAGAAUGGAGUGGUUUGCUCACUUGGAAAAGGCUUCUAAAUAAGUCUUUGGUUGAAGUUGAUUAUGAGAAUUGCAUAAGAAUGUAUGACCACUUAAGAGAUUUAGGAAGAGAAAUUGCAAGCCAACAUUCACCGUCCCGAAUUUGGUUAUCAGAACAGAUUAUUAAUUUUGGCAAACAAAAAAAAGAGAAAAGAAAUGACAUUCGAGGAAUUAAGAUUGCCCCAACUGGAAUAAAAGAGUUGCUGCUAUAUAGAGAGGCCUUCACACCCUAUUUAGCUGGACUAAAGCUUUUGGUGAUUGAUAGCGAAUAUUUAUUCGCUAGAAUAAGUGGUGAAGAACUUACAAACCUGGUCCAAGGAAUCGGUGAAGUAUCAACAGAGCUGGUCUGGAUUUGCUGGUGCGGAUUUCCAGAGAGAAAUCUGGCACGGCUUUCAUUGAAAAAUUUGAGGGUUUUACAACUAUCUAGACCAGAUUGCUUAGAAGAGCUGUGGGAGGCUGAGAGCGACGCUCCGGUGCAGUUGAGGGAGUUGAGUAUUUUUGGUUGCCCCAAAUUUCAAAGAUUUCCAAACUCAAUGGGGUGUCUCAAUGAGUUGAAAAAGAUAGUAAUCCGUGGUUGUGGCAAUACUCUUAGGAGUCUGCCAGAAGAGUUUUGCCGUCUGCAACUGUUGGAGCACCUUGAAUUAGAAGAAUGUGGAAUGCUAUCAUCACUACCCAGCAGUUUCGGCGAUUUGAGAAAUCUGCGCUAUCUAUUAUUGAUCGUCUGCGAAAAGUUGAGGAGUUUACCGGUUUCUUUUAAGAACUUGAUUCUCUUGCAAUAUCUCGAUUUAAGUGGGUGUACAGAGCUCAUAUUCAGGCCAGAUGAUUUUCAAAACAUUACAACGCUGGAAUAUUUGAACCUUUUCAGUUGUGUUGAAGUGAAGGAGUUGCCUCGCCACAUCAUAAAUCAGGCGUCCUUGAGAGAGCUCAAUUUAACUAAUGUGGAGAAGUUAAGGGAGCUACCAGCUGAAAUUGGUCAACUAAGCAGGCUGCGAAAGAUGGACAUAUGGUCGUGUCGCUUGUUGAUAAGUUUGCCAAACUCUCUUGGAGAUUUGUCCUCAUUGACUUAUCUUGGAAUUCAUGAUUGCGACAACCUGAAAUCUUUGCCGACCUCUCUCGGAGAUUUGUCCUCAUUGACUUAUCUUGGAAUUCAUGAUUGCGACAACCUGAAAUCUUUGCCGACCUCUCGCGGAGAUUUGUCCUCAUUGACUCAUCUUGAAAUCCAGGAUUGCCCAAAGCUCGAAUGUUUACCUUUUUCUGUUUGGCGUCUUAGUCUCUUAGAGCAUUUAGACAUUUCAAAGUGUCCAAUCAUAGAUUUUGAGGCGCCGCCUUUAUCUUCUGCAUUGAGCAACCUGAAGCGGAUGAAACUAAACCGAACAAAAGUGUGCAGGAUUUUAGUUUCUGAUCAUUAUCCCCGCCUUGAGAGUCUGGAGCUUCAUUAUAAUGAUGAUUUGACAGAGAUCAAAGCACUGCCAGUAAAACUUGAAUGUCUGGAUAUACGUGGGAGUCCAAAGUUGGUCGAGCUUCCGAGCUUUGCACAAUUAACUUCUCUCAGAGAAUUUAAACUGCAAGGUUGCGACCGAAUUGAGAAAAUUGAAGGUCUAAAACAUUGCACGAGAUUGGAAAUAUUGAUACUGCACACGUGCUGGGAGGUGCCGGGCAUUGAAAGUUUGGAGCACAUGGAGAGAUUGAAGAGGGUGGAACUGAGAGCAAACAAGGGAUCAGCUAUUGUAAGUUGCAUUCAGACGAUACAGAAAUGGCCAGAUUUGCAUGAAAUAAUAAUAUGUACGCGGGUGGUUCCUGAUGUGUCCUCUCUUCUAGACUCCUUUAAACUUGGGCUGUCUCCAAAUCUCUCCGUUGACGAGAAUAUUUUAGACUGCGCGUAUUUCUCCGAUGGCAAUGCCGUUAUGCUCUGCCAUGUUAUAAAUUGUGAUUCUUCUUCACAAGGGAUAAUUAAUUCACUUAUAGAUGAUGGUUCUAUAAUGCCUAGCAUGGAGAUUGGAGAGGGGAGAUGGGCAUAUAUAGGUUUCUUCACACAACGUUCCAGAUGCCUCGCUGAUUAUGUUGAUGCGUGGACUCUAACGGUGGUACGAGACUUCGAUGACGAAAGCUUUUUGGGUGUGAGCGGGGAAGAGCGAAGUGUAGGGGAGGCAUUUUUGUCACUUGUAAACAUUUUGUAGGUAAUAUUAUUUUGUUUGUGGGCGGAGACUCUGAAGUUCCUUAAAUUUAUAUGUUAUAUUAUCUUAUCCUUUGUAAAGAAUAAGAUUGAAAAAUAAUAUAAUCAAGCAUAUAAAAUAUUAUAUAA